AUGGAGAUCUUGGGACGAAGGUUCGAGGGGGUGGAGAAUGGAGAGGGUGGUGCUGAGGGGUGUCGGGAGUGGAAGAGAAGGGCGUUGAGAGGAGGCGGAGGGCGUCGAGGAGAGACGAUGGAGGAGGUUGCGUCGAGGGGAGGAGACUAUUCUGAAGACGCUCUUUUGAAAGAAUUUCUUCGAAACAUUGGGGUAGACUAUAAGCAAGAUGAAACAGCUGGAGAACUUAGCAUAAAGCUUGCGACAGCAGUUCAAGAUAGAAGUGUAAUUCUUGUUCUAGAUGACAUUUGGAACCAAGAGGCAUGGACUAAUCUACUAAGAACGCCAUUAAACACUUCACCUACAACAAUAAUUCUUGUGACUACUCGUAAUGAUACAGUGGCACGAGCAAUUGGUGUGCAAGAUGUUCAUCGAGUUGAAUUGAUGUCGGAUGACACAGGAUGGGAGCUGUUGUGGAAAAGUAUGAACAUUAAUAAAGAGACUGAAGUGGCAAAUCUAAGGGGUACGGGUAAUGAGAUUGUCUGUAUGUGUGGUGACCUUCCCCCUCGCAAUCAAGGAGGAUUUCCAAUUGGUGGUAGCAGUGUUAAUAAUGACAGAAUGCAAGAUGGAUGGAACCUAGAAGAAUUGGAUCCCCUUUGGCAGUUGAGAAGGCUUGAUAUGAUCAAACUGGAAAGAACAGUUCCUCCUAGUAAAGAUACAUUGCUAGCAAACAAAAAACAUCUCAGAGAAUUAUUGCUAUGUUGCACUGAACACACACAUGAGCCAUAUUCAGAAGAUGCUGUAAUCAAUAUUGAGAAAACCUUUGCUUUGCUAAUCCCUGCGCACAACCUAGAGAAUCUCAGUUUUGUGAAUUUCUUUGGUCGGAGGUUUCCCACCUGGCUAUAUACUGCUACCCAUUUGCCUUCACUGACAUACUUACAGCUCAUAGACUGCAAAUCAUGUGUGCAUCUUCCACCAAUUGGUCAGCUCCCCAACUUGAAAUAUAUGAGAAUCGAAGGAGCCACUGCAGUCACCCAGAUUGGACCCGAAUUUGUUGGCUCUGUGGUGGGUAAUCUCAGAUCUACAGACGCAAUUGCUUUCCCCAAGCUUGAAACAUUAAUCAUCUGGAAUAUGCCCAACUGGGAGGAGUGGUUCUUUGUUGUUGAAGAAGAAGAACAGGAAGCAACAGGUAAGGAAGGGGGAGAGGAUGGGGCUAUUGCAAGGGAAAUGGAGGAAGCCCUACUUCCAAGGAUGCAUCUGCUGCCACGAUUGAAGGAGUUGGUACUUAUCCGCUGUCCCAAGCUGAGGGCUCUCCCAUGGCAGCUUGGACAGGAGGCCACCAGCUUGAAAGUGGUCCUUUUAAGAGAUGUGCACAGCCUUAAGGUGGUGGAGAACCUCCGUUUCCUCUCGGAGGAAUUUGUAAUCGUACAUUGCGAAGGCCUAGAGAGGGUCUCAAAUCUCCCCCAAGUGAGAUUGCUGCGUGUACAGCUAUGUCCCAACUUGAGGUAUGUUGAGAGGAUGGACAACUUGCACCAGCUGUUUCAGACAGAGGAUAUGCAAUGUAUCUCGUCAUCACUGUGGCUGCCUGGACUCCAAGAGCAGCAUCGACGCCUACAUGGAGAUGACAUGGAUGUCUACACAUGGACAUGA